GGACCAUUUGGUUCAUUCCAGUCACACUGGAGUUGUGUUGUGUCAUGACGGAGACCUCGAGCUCGGUGCGUCAGCGCCUCCAGCCCUUUGUUGUUGUUCUCACGCUAACAGGCGAGAUCCGUCGAGCGACUCCACUGCGCGGUCGCACUCCGCCCCGACCUCCCCCCUCCGCCAGCGGCCUGGCGCUUUGAGAUGAGCAGAAGAUGUCGGUGUCGGGGCUGAAGGCCGAACUGAAGUUUCUCGAGUCCAUCUUCGACCCAAACCACGAGCGGUUCAGAAUCAUCGACUGGAAACCCGACGAGCUGAGCUGCCAGUUCAACGUGACGGGCGAGAAGCCGCUGAUCAUCCACUGCAACAUCACGGAAUCCUAUCCCUCAACACCCCCGAUAUGGUUUGUUGACUCUGAUGAUCCUAGUCUGGCUGAAGUGUUGGAGCGCUUAGAGGAUGUGAGGAAAGGCAGCACAUUGCUCCUUCAGCAGCUGAAGCGGCUCAUUUGUGAUCUCUGUCGGCUUUACAACCUGCCACAACAUCCAGAUGUAGAAAUGCUCGACCAGCCUCUGCCUGCCGGUCCGAUUACACAAGAGCGAAAGAAUGGGCCAUCGGAUGAGGUGACAUCUGAAGAGGAAGAGGAGGAAGAAAUGGGAGAGGACAUUGACCUGGACCAAGACCUGGACCAUUAUGACAUGAAAGAGGAGGAGCCAGUAGAGGGAAAAAAGUCAGAAGAUGAUGGGAUAGAAAAAGAGAAUCUGGCCAUCCUGGAGAAGAUUCGUAAAAACCAGAGGCAGGAUCACUUGAAUGGUGCAGUCUCUGGCUCAGUGCAAGCCUCAGACCGCCUAAUGAAGGAACUCAGGGAGAUCUACAGAUCACAGAGUUACAAGACAGGUAUUUAUUCAGUCGAACUAGUCGGCGACAGCCUUUAUGAAUGGCAUGUCAAGUUAAGGACGGUAGACCCAGAUAGUCCAUUGCAUAGUGACUUGCAGGUCUUAAAAGAAAAGGAGGGAGUGGACUACAUUCUGCUCAAUUUCUCUUAUAAAGAUAAUUUUCCUUUUGAUCCACCUUUUGUACGGGUUGUCUCACCCGUGCUCUCCGGAGGUUAUGUUCUAGGAGGAGGGGCCUUGUGCAUGGAACUUCUCACAAAACAGGGCUGGAGCAGUGCCUAUUCCAUAGAAUCUGUUAUUAUGCAGAUAAAUGCAACGCUGGUCAAAGGAAAAGCCAGGGUGCAGUUUGGAGCCAAUAAGAACCAGUACAAUCUUGCCAGAGCACAACAGUCAUACAAAUCACUCGUGCAGAUCCAUGAAAAGAAUGGCUGGUACACACCACCGAAAGAGGACGGAUAAGGAGCUACUACCACUAUGCACAGGAAACAUGUCUUUGGGUCAAAGUAUCUUGUUUUCUUUGGAAUAUUCCCCCCACUCUGAAUUAACUAGGGAUAUAUCAUCUUUAUUGCGGAAAACCAUCUCGCUGGCUCAUCUGACAAGUAUUCCUCCGCCCAGCUCCAGGACAAAGACUUUACUCUGGUGUCACUUUGCUUCUCCUCUCAGUGUUUUAGUGAGGAGGAGGAUGUGGGGGUAUCACUAGUCCUGUUUUCUAAAUAUGCUCAUUUGUCUUUAAAAAACUUUUCUCCCUUUAAGUGUGGGGAAAUGCUUUUUCUUUCGCUGCUUUGACAAACUGGGCUUCACGAACAGUCAGUUAUGGGGAUUUAAAAAGAAGAUUGAUACAGAAGCUCUUGAAGUGGCACCUCACUGCACCUGUCUUUGUUGGGUGUUUUUUUUGGGGGGGGGGGGGGAUUAAGUGGUACAUGAAUGCAAAUAUUGUUUGAGAGAUAUUAUUUGAACAACCUAGAAAAUCCAUGAGCCAAUUUUAAUAUUUUGGGAGCAUAUCUUCAAAUCGAGAUGACCUACCACUUGGUAUCUUUUAGCUCUUACAUUUUAAAAUGUGUGAAGUAUACUGGGCCAAGCAGAUCCAAAAUGGCGCAGGUUUGUUGAACUGAGAUCAAAUACGUUGUCGUUUGACAAAUCUGUCAGUGGUUAAUGUGAAGACAUGGCCGGUGGAAUUAAAACAUCUCAGAUUCUCCAUAAAGCAUUGAAAGAGAUGUUUUCACCAGAUGACGGUGAGAUUGAGCGUUAAUGCAUCACUUCAGAAGUUCUCACAGACCUAACGUUGAAGCUGAGGAGCUCUUUUUGCCUUAUUUCUGUCAAGCUCAGUUUGGCUGUGGCCCUUUCUCUUGGUUGUGGCUGUAGAGGUUGAAGGCUAGUGCGAUGCUGAGGCCCCGCGUGUGCAUAGUUAAGCGCGUGAUGCUCAGGGGCCUUGUCGCAGCCAAUGUUGUAGAAGACAUUUGGGUUUGAUUACUGUCACUUUGUCUUGCCGAAGCAUGCUGCGAUGGGCUUUACAGAGGGAAUAGAUGAAGGCUGUUUGUUUGAAAAUGGGAUUUUUUUUUCCAGCAGUUUGCCCAAUUUUUCUGCUAAAGUUGUCACAAUUUCCUGGCCUACAAUGAUUGUAAUGUUUUGCCCCUGCCCAGUUAAGAUUUGAAUCUGCCACCAUGAUGCAUGACAUUAAAUGCACCGCCCGCUGCCUCACUCUUCUCAGUCAGCAGCUAAACUCCCAGAAGUUGCAGGGCUUCCCUUUGCCACAACAAUACACCACAGAUGUGUUUAGGUGUCUCUUUUGCCGUGAAGCGAACGUAGUGUGACAAGAACAGACCUUAAACUCCAGACUCCACGUUUUACCUUUGACCUCGCAAUAUACUGUAGUACACCAUCUGUACUGCUGUUCCCCAUACUACAGGACACACACUGUAUCUAUCUGUUUGUUCUUUUGCAGUUUUUUUUGUUAACACUGUCUGCAAAAGCACGUUUGAAUGGCAACUCAGGUAACAAACAAUCCUUGGGAGGGGACUCUGUACAUGCACAUGUUGAGUUUUGGGUUAUUUUCUUGGAUUGAUUAACGCUGUUUCACUGAUGUUAAGAUUCACUCAAACUUAUGAUGUCAACAAUAGGAAAUUUAAUGAGCUUUACAAUAAUAUUGGCCACGUUUCUUGUAAUUCAAGAGAGGAAGGACAUUUGCAGAAGGAUUACAGGCAUGCAGGAGCACAGUGACCAGCCCACGUAACGGCUCCUCCCAAACCCACUGGUCGUCUCUUGCCCUUUUUCCCUCCUAAGUACUGAAACAGACUUGUUUUCGGUGGGUGAUCUUUGAAUGUUCCUGAUAGAAAUGUUUGCACAAAUGGCAGCAAUGUGCCUGGAGAGGUCAGUUAUAACAUCAAGCACAUUCUGAGCUUAAUAUUUUAAAAUCAGGAAAAAUGUAUCCCCCCCAGCACACUGCUCCAUAUCCUCCAGAUAUGAUCAACGUGUGUCCUCACCACAAAAGGGCCCGUGUUGCUUGGCGACACAGAAAAGUUGCACCGUAAACAUUCUUAAGGUUCUCCCGCUACACAAGCCUUCAUCCAGCUGUGAUUUCCUUCCUCCAAAAUGCCAAAACUCUGGUCAGAGGGUACAUUGAGUUCGAUAGUCAUGCCGUGGUGAAGGGACUUGCACGCUUCUCUAACUGGACAGUGCGUUGAACAGAUCCAUUUAUCUCAAUUGUCAAUUCAUUUUCUGACGCAGACAAACAAAAAGGACAGUCUGGCACCGUUGGCUCGCUUUGGUUUUCUUUUAUUUCUCAUUUUCCAUUUGAAGAAAUUUUGACCAUGUACAGUAAUUUGUAAACUUGCAUCAAGUUUAUGAAUAAAGAAUUUUAAGAUUAUUGCCGA